AUGAAAAUCUUAUCGAGAAGUACUUGGUUAUGCCUUGCGCUUAUCUUUCUUUCUAUUUUACGAUCUAUACAUCUCAACUAUAUAUCUCGACAGCCUUUAAAGACUUCUUCAUCACAAUAUCAACAUACCAGUCAACCAUCUUUAAAUACUGCCAGUCUCCAUGCUGUACCUGAUAAACCAAACUCUAUAGUAGAUGAUACCUUACUGUCUGAUGAUCCUUCCAAUUUGUUUUAUUUCAUUCAGGUGUCAGAUUUGCAUAUCUCAAAAUUCCGGACACAAACACAACAUUUUCUUCACUUUAUUCAAUCUGUACUUCCUAUUGUUAGACCUUCUUUUGUAGUAGUAACGGGUGAUUUGACAGAUGCAAAGGGUAUUGACGGAGUGAAAACACAACAAUACAAAGAAGAAUGGCAAUUGUAUCAAAACGCAAUAGAUCAAGGAAUAGAAGAUGAUUUACCAUGGUAUGAUAUGCGUGGGAAUCAUGAUUGUUUUGAUUUACCUUCAUGGCAAUCCAAUAUCAAUUUAUAUCGUACUUUUGGUAAGAGUUCUCAACUACUUGAAGAAGGAAAAGGUGUCUACUCCUGGCAAAUGAAUCAAUCUUAUGGUCAAUAUCAAUUCAUCGCUAUGGAUGCAUGUCCCAAAAAAGGUCCAGCUCGGCCUCUUAACUUUUAUGGAUAUAUGCCAACCAAUUCUAUGGAUCGACUUGAAUCAACACUUCUUGAUGAAUCAACUUAUAAUCAUACAUUUUUGUUUACACAUUAUCCUACAACAACAAUGAUAUUUGGACAAUCAAAUAUUUUGAAAUCAUAUGAUACAACCACAAAAUCAUUGGAAUUGGAACUAGGCGAUAUGAAGGAUCAUGGAGUGUAUCGUAUCAUGGCUGUAGAUGAUGAUCUUGUAUCAUUUGUGGAUGUGGAACUUCCAGCAAAACUUUUGACUUCUUCGACAACACACGGAGAUGGCAUUCCAUUGACUGAGAACAACACCGUCAUUUGGCCUGAAAAGACUCGUCUUGCACCCAUUAUAUUGAUCACCAACCCAAAAGAUGCCCGUUUUCUUUUACCUGGCAAGGAACCUAUUUAUCGUAUAAGGAAUAGUACUCAUAUUCGAUUCCUAGUGUUUUCUGAUCAUGAUCCACAUUCACUCAAGGUCCGUAUCUUUGUCGACAAUAAACAUCAUCCAUUUCCAGCAACUUACAACAAACAUACCAAUUCCUCUCUUCCCUUAUGGACAUCUUCAUGGUCUCCUGAAGAUUUUGAUGAUCAAAUUACUCAUUCAUUAGGUAUACAAGUCACAACUCCUGAUGGUUUGGUAGGCGAAUCUCAAGUUUAUUUCCGCGUGGAUGGUGUUCAACUGAAGAUUGGUGGAGGUUUUGGUGAAUGGCUUAUUGGUACAAGUGUUGCCACCUUAGUAAGUAGGGGGGAAAAAAAAAGUGGCGAGGGUGGAAGGAGAAUGGAAGGAGUAUGUAAAUAUAUAUAUAUAUAUAUAUAUAUAUAUAUAUUUUGGGGGGGGGAUAAUUUGAAAGGAGAUGUUUGA